AUGUCUAUCCAGGAACAUCAUGAGGAGGAACCUCUUGCUGUGGUGGCCCCGGACGAGGACGAAACUGAAAGAUCCCGAAGGUCAGCACUUUCAGUGAAGCAUCUCAAAUGCCUGCUUCUGUCAGAGAAGGAGUGGAAGGGAUUGCUUCAGGGAGGGAUCCUGCUGCGGCCAUACAGCUGCAAGGAAGAUCUUCUGGGAGCGGUGGUCAAAACAAAACGGGGCCAGUACGAAGUUGUUGGAAAACUUGAGGUGGAGCGCAUACUCCUUGCCACAUCCAUGAAUAAUCGAGAGAUAGCCUUUCAAAGCCAGGGUGUCUAUACGAGACUGGAAAUUGGAAACUGGAAAGAUCGGACCAAGAAGUUGUUUCUGUGGCAGCUGAAGGGUGCGCACCCUUUCCCUUGCGAUGAAAGGAUUGAGUUACCAUUCUUGGAUUCCAAAUGCAGGAACAGACCUUUCUCAGUCGAUGUGGAAGCAGCUGCGAAGGAGCAACGUAGAGCUUCGGUGGGCCCUGUCAAACUAUGUCUGGAAGAUACGGCUGACUUUUUCCUUGGACGGUGGCCCACUGAACAGCAGGAGCUGUUUCUGGAUCGCAUGCGUUCCUUGCAUGGAAAACAACUUCGCAUCGGUACAACUUGUUCCGGUACGGAUGUGGUGGUAACCGUUUUGAAACAGACUCUCCAGCACUUCCUCAAAAAGCAGGACUUAUCAAAAUUGAAUACUGCCCGGAAAGAAUACUCAGGUUGCUACACCGCAGACUAUGAGGGAGAGGAAGGCACAUCAGGUCUGACCUACAAGCAUGGCUUCAAGCAAGUGAUCAAUCUCCUUUCCCCACGUUUCGCAGUAUACGAAAACGUGAAAAGCGCUGCUGAGCGCUCUCGUGAUUCCAGCGGGGUAGUGCAUCCUCCUCCCGUGGAGGUUUUUGAUGUUCUUGAUGCUCAAGCCUACUGCCUACCUCAGCGGCGCAACAGAAUCUGGGGACUGGCUUUUGUGUUGAAUGGUGAGGAGAUGGUUCCUGAAGUUCAAGAAGUUUACCAGAGAAAUUUGAAGAGCCUACGUUCCCAUAUCCAAUUCCCUAUGGGCAGCAUGUUCUUGGACCUUCCUCCUGAAGAACCUCGACCCGCACAUGUAAAGGUCAUUGACCGGGUCCGUGCAGUCCAACCUGAUUGCGACAACCUUUUCAUAGAUUGUUCCAGCAGUUUGAAGUGGCUUCAGUAUGGUGCCGGUGUGCUUCCCUGCUUGACACCGUCGCAUGCCAUCUUUAGUACUGGUUUGAGGCGCUACCUACGAAAGCAGGACAUGUUGAACUCCCAGGGUCUUUUCAAGUCCUGUUUCAGCAGCUCCGGGUACCAGAAACUCUUGAACAUGAACUCUCAAGACUUCGCGGGAAAUUCCUUUGCUUCUACCGUAGCGCAGGCAGUACUGAUGACAUCAUUGACUUGUGCUCCGGCUGGUUGGGAUGAUCUUUCCCCAGCUGAGGGUGAUGGUGGUAAGGUGCAUGCUCAGGAAGUGUCAAGAUCAUCUUCAACCACAGGCGGUGGUACCGGAGAGCCUAUCAUGCGCAGACUCCGGAGAAAGCGUAAAGCCCCUGAGUAUGAUCAGAUGGUGGCUGCGACUGACACCAACUUGGUGGGUGACCAAUCGGAGGGCAAGGAGCAGAAGAAAGGACGACGCAAAAAGGGCCCAUACAAACGAAAGGUUCCUGGACAAGAUUCCAGACGAAAUGGGACAGGAAAGAAGCCUUCGGCCACAAUUUGGCAGAAAGAGCAAGUGAUGAAGGCUUUCGAUCAGGCAAAGAGGGAUGGCCAUAAAAAUCCAGCCGCGCAUGUGGCAUCGCUUGGCUUGAAAGGUUUCUUUAAGUCUUGCAUCUACCGGUGGAAAGCUCCCAGAGAGAAAUUCAAUUGGCCUUUGGUAUGUGAGUCCUCACCUGCAUUGGCCAAGAGCUACAAAGAGGUUCCCAAUGUCAUUCGUUCUGCUAUGGGCAAGGAUUUGAAGUUCAAGUUCCGUUUCGCCAACGACUACGAGGGGACCACCAGCAUGAUCCCUUCAGAAUUGCAAGCGGUGGUGGCAGACUCAGUGGCUGAACGCAUCCAAUUCGGGGAAGAAGUCUCCCACUCCUACGUGGUGGAUGUCCUGAGAGUGGCAGUGGAACAGUGGAACCACGCGGUGGGCGAGCUGAGAAAGCAGGUGGAACAGCCCGGCAUGGUAUUGAAGCUGAUGGGAGACCGACUUGCUGGACAGAGGGAGGCACAGGGUGAGAAAUUAUUGAAGGAGGUUGAGACCACCAUCAAGGUGCGGAGCUGGGUUGCCAUGCAAGUUUCCCAGGGCCGAGUGCAUGAGAAGCUGGUCGCAAAUUUUGACCAGUGCUGGUCGGUAUUGUACCGGCCCAGCAGUCGAACCCUUCAAGUGCGGGCCAAGGCCGACCCACUCUCUCGCAAGAUGUCCUUGCGCAAGAUUCGCCACCUAUUGGAGCGCAACCUGGGACUCCAAUUGACAGAAUCUUUUGAUGAUGAAGGACAUCUCCGCGAACCCAAAAUUUCCGGAGGUGAUGCAGCUUCUUGUGGCGUCGAGGAACUCCAAAAAUGGCUCUUCGUGGGCGAACGGCAGAGCAGGUCAUCGAUUCUGGUCUCCCUUCGUGCCGACGCUUAUGCACUGGAGAGCCUGAACAAUUACGAGAGUGGAAAGCUCGUGUGGUACUCGUGGCUGACACGUGGCCUGGUCGCGGAAGAGGCAAUUGCCCGAUGGAAGUUUAAAGGUUCUGUCCAAGCCCUGCGAAGUGCUUUGAGGCGGACCCGGUCCGAAUUUCAGAAGCUGCUGGAUUUGAAGAAAGUACCUGACAUGAGCGUGAAACCUCAAGAAGCUUCCGAGCUAGAGAUUUUGAGGGGAGUCCCCAUGAAAAAUGAAAGGCAAGUUCAAUGGGCCAUUGAAGACAGCGAGGGUAUCAAGCAACCUUUGCCGUUGUGGCUAGCACUUCCUAUUGAACGCAAAGUCACCGAGUGGGCCGGUGAGAACAGGAAGUGGGAGGACAAGAUUGAGGCACGACUGUGUGCCGGGAAAAGCCUACCACCUGCGUCCCAAAAGAAGUACGAUGAUUUCAUCAAGCUGAAGACAGAGUGCAAGCUUUUGUUCUCGAGAAAGAAUGAGCGCCAGGUGACGCGUCUGAGAAGCAACAUGGAUUGGAAAAAGAUGCAGGACGACCUUUUCAGUGUCGUGGUCCACAUGUCCAGUGAUCCGGAGCAUCUCCGAAUCAAGGGAGCCAAUGGACGUUCUCAAAGAUUGCUACUUUGGCAGGGAGAGCCUUCACACAAAGGGAUGCUCCCGGACUUUCUCUCCCAGGGAAAAGUUUCCGAGCAACUUGCCCAUGCUGUUUUGGCAGAGUUUGAAGAAGGUGAUGAAGUUCAAUUUUCUGAGGAAGAAGGUGUCCAAGAAGCGGAAGAUCAGGAUGGGGCUUUCCAGGAAGCGGAAGCCAUGGAGGCUUGGGAGAAUGAAGAGAACGAGGGCGAGAUCAUGGCCGGAUCUAGUGACGAAGAGCUACUUCAAACCUGGGGCGCUGUGGAAGGGGAACUUCGUCGUGUGAAGGAUUUCAACCAUAGGCCCGAGUACCUGGCUCUUGAGGCUCGAGGUGUCACUCAAGUACCUCCUGGUACCUACCUGUCGUAUCACAAAGGGACUAGAAAUUGGCAGGCAAUCUAUCCGGGAGAAGAAGAUCAACAUGGCAUGAACUUCACCCAUGGGGGGCAAACCAACCGUUCUCCGGGUGAGGCCUUGCUUUGCGCCAUUCAGGCAUUGGUCGAGCGCUAUUGCGCUAAACACCCUAAGGACAAGUUGUGGGGGGCUCAACUCGAGGUAAUCCGCAAGGCAGGUGGUGACUGGUGUCGAUUCAUUAGGCGGGAAAACGGGAAAAAUGACCACAACCGCCUGAUGGGCGUGACGAGUGCAG